ACUGAUUUUUUAACACUUUUCAACAUCGAAAUUUGCCUGUUUUUACAAUAUUUAUUAAAUAUAAUUAAUAUAAGUAUAAGGUGUUCUUGUAAACACAACUGUGUGCGUAGUUAAGUCCGAUUAAUUGUAUCAAAAGUGUGUGAAAAUACCGUUAUAACGUUAUAUGUGCGUACAUGUCCGACAAUUGUGAUAGCAAGUUAGUAAUUUAGCAACUUGAUUUAACUGUUUAUUAAAGUCAUACGUUCUAGUUACACCACUCACAUCAUAAAGUGUAGAAUAUUAAACCAAAAAUAUAAUUGUAACAGAAGUGAAAAAAGCUGUGAAAGUCGCUAACAAAAAUUUUGUAUUAUUUGUGGGCAUGUAAAUUUCUGUAAUAACUGUAAUAAUAACCUCGAAAAAGUAACUGAAAUCAAAGAUCUUGAAUUUUAAGUAAACGAAGCAUAAAACUAUAAGAAAGUUAUCGAAACUUAUUUAAGUUUUCACGUCCAUGUUUUUAAAUAAUUAAAUGCAUAACAUCACCUGAAUUCCACUUUGAAUAAUUUCCAUUCCAACAAACAGUAUUUUGUGAACCGAAAACCAAAACUGAUACAAGUUUUCAACUCACACAUCCUACACUUAUUCACUCACUCACUCAAGUAUUGAACACAUUCUCUUAAUUAAGUAACUUUAUUUCUAUAAGUAAACUAAACGCUAAUUCUGAACAUCAUGUCUUUGCUCAAGCGCAAAUGCACGCUACUCUUUGGCGUCUGCUCGUUGACUCUAGUGCUCGCUUGCCUUUUGAAGCAGCCGACAACGGCUAAUGCAUGCUCUAGUCGUUCCAUACCCAAGCCACGCACGCUCUCCUCGGCCGCCUCUUCGCUUUCGCCACAACAGUCGACAACAUCCGUUACAACAUCUACUACCACCACCACCACUACUACGGAGCCGACUACCACUACCACAACGACACCGAGACCCAACAUCACCUUCCCAACUUACAAAUGUCCGGUGAACUACGACGCUUGGUAUUGCUUAAAUGAUGCAACCUGCUUCUCGGUUAAGCUGGGCGACUCGGUUAUGUAUAAUUGCGAGUGCGCAAAUGGCUUUAUGGGGCCACGCUGCGAGUACAAGGAGUACGAUGCAUCCUUCUUGCCGAAACGACCACGUCCAAUGCUGGAAGAGGCGAGUAUUGCAAGCGGCGCCAUUUGUGCCCUACUCUUUGUGCUCUUCAUCUGCUUGACCUUAUACUUACGUUAUGAGCAGCGCGCUAAGGUUUUUGCUGAGGAUUAUGAGAUCACCGACGCCAUGGAAGAGGAGGAUGACGAGUGUGAAAACAGCUAUUUCUCAACGAAGACAUGUCGCUAUUGCAAUGAGCCGCAAUGUUGCGGUGCAAAGGCUGGAGUCGUUGGUGAUGUUGGCGAUAGCGGCAUGCGUGGUCGUGUCUAUGGCGCGUCCGAGGGCGGCGUUGGUGCACCAUCGCUGCGUCGUUACAUUGAAGCGAUUUCCAUGUCAUUUGCUAUCAGACGCACCACCAAAAUGUAAAAUGCGAAUUAAGCGCAUAUGAAAUAUAAUUUAUAUGAAAAAGCAGAAAUAGUAUGGUUGUUGUGUUGUACUUGCGAGAUUUUAUUAAAUAAGUCGUACGAAAUAUAUCUGCGCGUAAUUAUGCGCUCUUUAAUAAUUAAAAGUUGGUCUAUAUCUGCAUUAGCGUUAAUUUUCCACAAUUUUGUCAUUCAUUCAAAAUAAAAUAAUGAAUUUAUUGUUCAUUCUCAAUUACUUAAUUUUUAAUUGUUCAUUCACAAUUGAAUAAGUCUGAAAAAAAUUUUAUUUUUAAAGUACUUAAUUUUGAACAUUUUCCAUUGCAAUUAACUUAUCUGUACUUAACAUCUUGAAACUAUGCGAAAUAAUAAUAAUGUUUUGCCAAAUACAACACUAUAACCAACUCUAAAAAAAUCUAAAAAAUAUAUAUUCAAUAAGCUUUGUUAGACCAUUAAGCUAAACUAGCAAGCCAGUUAAUUUUUAACUGUACCGUUUUUUGAAACACAUCAGUUUUAGACUAGUGAUGACUAAAAUGCCUUCGAGUGCUUUAUAUACAACACUUAUAUAUACUCCUGAAAUCACUUAAUAUUUCAACUGAAAAUGUAGUCCAUUUUCGUAAAUCCAUGACAUCACAGCACAUUU